AUGGACUCCGCUGCCCCUAACGCUGCCACCGCCGGCAAAAAGAAGCAAACAAAGGGUCGACAAAAGAUCGAAAUGAAGAAGAUCGUAAACGAAGACGAUCGGCUCAUAACAUUUUCCAAACGGAGGUCAGGCAUCUACAAGAAGGCAAGCGAAUUAGCUACCUUAUGUGGGGCUGAAGUUGGAGUGGUCGUGUUUUCACCUGCAGGAAAACCGUUCUCCUUUGCACAUCCAUGCAUCGAAUCCGUCGCAAACAAAUUUCUAAACAACGACAACAAGAACAACAAAGGGAACAACAACGACAAGGAUGACAACAACAAUGACGACAACAACAACAAUGACAACGACAACCCCGACAACAACAAUAUCAAUGCAACGCACCCGCUCGUGGAGGCUCACCGACGAGUGAGAAUCAACGAGUUGAACCAACAACACAAUCAAAUUCUAAGCCAGCUAGAUGGAGAGAAAGAGAGAGGAAAAACACUUGAGAAUCUGAAAAAGGUAAGGGGAAAUGGGAGAGGUUGGUGGGAAACUCCUACAGAGGAAUUGGGAAUAGAGGAAUUGGAAGAAGUUGAUGCAUCAUUUGGAGAGUUGUAUCAAAAUGUGUGUGAUCAAUUGAAACAAAGAGGAAUUAUUGGACCUUGUUCUUAUAAGCAUUAUGACAACAAUUCCUCUAUGGGGUUUACUAUUAAUGUAGGGGAAGAAACAAUUCCUUUUAACAUUUUGGGAAAUGUUCCUUCUCCUUUUCUUCCUCCUCCUCCUUAUCUUAUUCCUCCUCCUCCUCCUCCUCACUUUGAUUUUGGAGGACAACAUCAACAACAUCAUCAUCCAUGA